AUGUCUUCCCUACCUUUGAUGGAAGAUUCGCAAGCUGCUGAAUCGGAACAAUCAGAACCAUCUAUCCGUGUUCAAGAAUGGACAUCCUUCCUUACAUCCUACGCUGAGGGAGACUGGUCACCUGACAGGGUACCUCCCAAGCCGACCCCAGCUCAGGAUCCGGAUAUUGUGGAAUUGAAUAGGUCGCCAUCAGUCGAUAGUCUCAAGGAUGAUUCAAACGCCAAUGUGUAUUCAUCGCCCAUUAUCAACAGGAAGAUUGCGAGGAGAGUACGUCAGUAUUGCUGGGAAAAUGAUUACCUCCCCCCUCCCCGAAGUCCUCAUGAAGAGCACAGGGAGAAAAUCAUCUUAGAAUAUGAUCUUCUUGGUGCGGUCCAAGCUGGAAAUAUACAAUCUGCGGUAGACCUCAUAGCGGCGUUCUUUCCGGGUACUGUGGUCACUUUCACUCUGUUCAACAAUGCCAUUCAGAAUUUUGUCUCGAUAGCUGGGCCAAAGAACCUGUUGGACGCUUUUCAACUGAGAAAUGGGAUGUGGGUGGCCCCCGAGACCUCGUUGUGCGGGCAUUCCAUACUUUUAGACGGAAAGAUCAUGUUUGUGCCCAAUCUAUCGGAUGACUGGAGAUUCCGAUCCAACCCUUACGCCGUAGCUGGUCUGAAGAGUUAUAUCGGAAGCGCAGUAUCGCUCGAGAUGGAUCCGCUCAGUGCAAAUCCUCACGCCGAUGGUCAACGGGACAGAAUAAAAUAG